AUGCUCAGCAAUAUUGGAGUCCUCACCGCCGCUCUUCUUGGAGCCCUUCCCACGACGUCAGCAUGCCUGGGGUACGAGGGCGGUUUGCCCAAGGCCACCUCCAACAAGCAAAUAUCUGCUCCCAUCUACGUCAAAUCUGGCGAGGUUUUUGAUGGCGGUUGGGCCAAGUAUGAUAGAAACCCUACCUCUUGCAGAGAGCAGGUAGAAGGAGGGGAGAAAGACACAGCUUUCGUUUUGCAGAAGGGUGCCACUUUGCGAAACGUCAUCAUUGGAAAGACGGCCGGGGAGGGCGUGUACUGUUUGGGAGGGGGGUGCAACAUCGAGUUCGUCUGGUUCGAAGAUGUUUGCGAGGACGCCAUCUCCAUCAAGAAUGACAAAGCUGGUGAUGUUACCUGGAUUGUUGGCGGAGGAGCCUAUCACGCAGCCGACAAGAUCAUUCAGCAUAAUGGCUGCGGUCGUGUGAACAUCAUCAACUUCUAUGCAAACGAUUACGGCAAGGUCUAUCGCUCGUGCGGAACAUGCGAGAAGUGCGCCCGUGAGGUCUACAUUGAGGGCGUGACUGCCCGUAAUGGAGGUGAGGUUGCUGGAAUCACCAAGGCCAAUGGCGACAAGGCAACUCUGGUAAACGUUUGCACCGAUGCCAAAACCCCUUGCCAGAACUACAGUGGUCCUGGCAUCAAGGACGGCCCUUGCUGAGUGAGGAAUCGAGCCUCAUUCUGUGCAUAUUUUUUCACAGUCAACAUCCCCAGUGUUACGGUGGUGGAUCUAGAGGUUCACCUUCCAUUUCCAAACCGUGCGAGUCCAUGUCUCAAUUACAAACGAGAUCGCAUGCGAGACUAGCUUAUAGGCUCAUUAGGAUUUAUAUCGUCUACAUCAUCCGGAUCAAAGUAACAAU